UUCGCUUUGGCGUUUACGGUCGUCGAUGUAAGUAAUAACAGCGCUCGACGCUGUUAUUACGGUGUGAUACAAGUUCUCCUAACCUUAAAUUCUUCGAAUCUUCGUGCCAGUGAUAAUUUUUACGAUGUGUAUCAUAGAUUGCAGAUAAAGUUGAAAGAAAAUUUCGUAUUGAUAGUAUAUCUAAACAAACGUUUAUUAUAAUUGAAGAUAAGUCGUAUCGCCCAGUCGUGUAAAUAAGUUAGUUGAUAGUGCACCGCAUUCUAACACACCGCCUAAUUGAAUCAAUUCUACCAUGAAUGAUGAGGAAAACAUGAAUGAAAAUUAUACUCAUGAUGAUACUGAGGCAUUGUUAGGAAACACGGGGAUAGCAAAUGAAAAUAUCAGUGAGUCAGAAACCGAAGAUGAUGAAGAUGUUCCAAGCAUAUCAUUCUUCACCCUAUUUAGAUUCGCAUCCCUAACAGACAAACUAUGUAUCGCUCUAGCAACGGUAACAGCUUUAAUCAGUGGUUGCACCACACCUUUAAAUACGUUAUUAUUUGCUGCAUACGUUCAAAGUAUGGUCGACUUUGGUAGAUCAGCUGAUGAUGACCAAUCGAAAGCAGACGUUUUUCUCCAAGCAACUAAAACUUUCGCAAUUUAUAACAGUCUUGUUGGAGCAGUUACGGUCAUUCUUUCAUAUAUUGGAACCGUCCUCAUGAAUAUAUCAGCCUAUAAGCAGGUAUAUCGAAUACGGCAAGCAUAUUUGAAAGCAGCCUUACGUCACGAUUUUGAAUAUUUCGACACUCACAAAAUUGGGGAUUUUGCUACCAAAAUGUCCGAUCAUGUUGUCAAACUAGAACAGGGAAUAGGAGAGAAGUUGGAGAUGUUUUUAUACCACCAGGCUGGCUUCUUAAGCUCUGUAAUUAUGGCACUUUUAAAAGGAUGGAAACUAGCCCUACUGUGCCUGAUUUCCUUUCCAGUCACAUUGUCUCUUUUAGGAGCGUCAGGCUGGAUCGCAUCUAAGCUGUCAAAACGGGAAGCUAAGUUGUCAGGCAAAGCGGGGGCAGUGGUUGAAGAAGUUUUCUCCGCCAUAAGAACAGUUUACGCUUUUAGCGGACAAAAAAAGGAGAUAAGUAGAUAUGAAAAACAUUUGUCUGAAGCUAGGAGUGUCAACAUCAAAAAAGGUUUAUUCGAAGCAAUUUUUAUGGGGCUUCAAGAACUCUACUUCUUCGCUUCUUACGCCCUGUCUUUUUGGUUUGGAUAUAAACUGAUGGUAGACGAACCUAAAACAUAUGACGCAGACACAAUGAUCGCAGUUUUUUUUGGAAUAAUGAUGGCGUCCAUGAACUUUGAGAUGGCGUCAAAUCUAAUGGACACAUUCGGAACAGCAACUGGUGCAGGAGCACAGAUAUUCAAAUUAAUCGACAACGUCCCAAAGAUUAACUCCGACGAAGGCUUUCCAUUCGACAUUUAUGGAAAUAUUUCUCUGAAUGACGUCGUAUUUCACUACCCUUCUAGACCUGACGUGCCUGUACUUAAAGGGGUGAGCAUCAGCGUGCAACGUGGUCAAACUGUAGCUCUUGUGGGCCAUUCUGGUUGCGGCAAGUCAACGAUCAUUCAACUGUUAUCCAGAUGUUAUGAUGUUAUUGGUGGAAGCGUAAUGGUAGAAGAGAUCGACGUUCGUGACUUUUCGGUGAAAUGGUUACGCAGCCAUAUCGGUCUUGUGGGACAGGAACCUGUUUUGUUUAACACUACGGUAAUGGAAAACAUUCGUUAUGGCUGUGAUGAUGCAUCUGACUCCGAUGUCGAACAUGCAGCGAUGCUUGCAAAUGCACAUGACUUUAUUAGGAAACUUCCAUCGGGUUAUGACACAUUAGUUGGCGAGCGGGGUGCUUCUCUGUCUGGUGGACAGAAGCAACGCAUCGCAAUUGCUCGUGCGAUCAUCCGCGACCCAUGUAUUCUCUUACUUGACGAAGCUACAAGCGCACUUGAUACAUCUUCUGAAGCGAAGGUUCAAAAAGCACUUGAUAGGGCCAAAGAAGGACGCACUACAAUUGUCAUUGCCCACAGGCUUUCAACAAUUAGAAAUGCUGACAAGAUUUAUGUUCUCAAAGAAGGGACUGUAGUAGAAAGUGGAAGCCACGACGAUUUGAUGAGCGUAAGAGGACAUUAUUACGAUAUGGUGAUGUUACAAUCAACUCCAGAAGACCCGGAAACAGCUACCGAAGGCAAUUUUAGUAGAACUCAAUCAUUGGAACUAGACGGAAAUGACGAUGAAGAUUUUGACGUCGCAACAGAGGAGGAGCAACAACAUUUAGAAGAUACAGAAAAAGCGACAUUUAUCUCAGUAAUAAAACUGAAUGGCCCUGAAUGGAAGUCUAUUACUGCGGCUACUGUUUGUUCUGUGAUUAUGGGCCUUUCUUCACCAAUAUUUGGACUGCUUCUUGGUGACUUUCUUGGAGUACUUUCUAAUCCUGAUACAAAUGCAGUAAUAGCACAAAUACGAAUUUACGCACUAAUUUUUAUAAGUGUAGGUUUAAUAACAGGACUUGCUACCUUAUUAACGGGAUACCUGUUCUCAGUUGCUGGUGAACACCUAACGGCAAGGUUAAGAAAGUUGAUGUUUGAAAAAUUGCUUGAACAAGAAAUUGGUUAUUUCGACGAAAAUAGCAAUUCAACUGGAUCAUUGUGCGCUCGUUUAUCGGGUGAAGCGGCUUCUGUAAACGCGGCAACAGGGCAAAGAAUUGGUACAAUAUUACAAGCAGUGGGCACAUUUUUAUUCGCUAUUGUUGUUUCUAUGUACUAUGAAUGGCGCUUAGGUCUCGUCGUCUUGUCAUGCGCGCCGAUAUUUAUUGCUGUUGUCAACAUUGAAGGCAAGAUGGUAUCGGAAGAGUCCACGGGAAUAGCGAAAGCUAUGGAAUCUAGUUCGAAGGUUGCAGUGGAAGCUGUUGCGAAUGUACGCACAGUUUCAGCUCUAGGCAAAGAAGAUUUCUUUGUUGAAGAAUAUGCUAGACAAUUAAGACCAGCGCUUCAUAUUGCAAAACGUGCAACUCAUAUGCGAGGAAUCGUAUUUGGAUUAUCGAGAGGAAUUUACGACUUAGUAUAUUCUGCAUCUUUAUACUAUGGAGGGCAUUUGAUUGUAUACCAAAACGUAAACUAUGGCGUAAUACUUAAAACAGCAGAGACGCUGCUUACGGGCUCUUCAUCUGCUGCGGUCGCCUUUGCUUAUGCUCCUGAUUUUCAAAAAGGAUUAAGUGCUGCGGGUCGUAUUAUACAACUCCUGAAUCGACAGUCUAAAAUAACGAAUCCCGAAACACCGACGAUAGAAGACUUUAGCGGGUCAGGAAGUGCAAGUUUACGAAGCGUUUUGUUCAAGUAUCCAACGCGACCUUCGGUAAAUGUUCUAGAAAACUUUGAUCUCGAGAUAGAGAGUCACAAAACCAUAGCAUUAGUCGGCCCCAGUGGAUGUGGCAAGAGUACUAUUAUACAACUCCUAGAAAGGUAUUACGACCCCCAAGAAGGAAUAGUGGCUCAGAACAACAUUCCACUACCGAUGAUUCGGUUAUCUGAUGCAAGGCAAACUAUAGGAUUUGUGCAACAAGAGCCAAUCUUGUUUGAUAGAACUAUUGCUGAAAACAUAGCAUACGGAGACAACACCAGGCAACCGAGUAUGGAAGAAAUUGUAGAAGUCGCUAUGCAAGCUAAUAUUCAUGAAUUCAUUGCCUCUCUACCCAUGGGAUACGAAACAAACGUUGGUUCAAAAGGCACACAACUAUCUGGAGGACAAAAGCAAAGAAUAGCCAUUGCGCGAGCUCUAAUACGACAACCUAAGAUACUGUUUCUCGACGAGGCUACGAGUGCAUUGGAUACAGAAAGCGAAAAGGUGGUCCAAGACGCACUGGACGCGGCGAAGGCAGGCCGCACGUGCGUGAUGAUCGCGCACCGCCUCAGCACGGUGCGCGACGCGGACGUAAUCUGCGUGCUCAGUGAAGGACGCGUUGCGGAGCGCGGCACGCACGCAGAGCUCAUGCAACUCAAAGGACUAUAUUACAACUUAUAUAGACGUGGAUAUAAUACAUGACUUGACUGAAGUAUUGUAGUGUUGCAUCCGUCUUAAGUAUCUCAAGAGGCCUCUAUGUGUUUUGGCUAGUAAGCCAUAUAGCAUGAGAUUUUCUAGUUGACCGAGAGCAAGGACAAACUAUUAUAUUAUGAGCAAUUUUGUAUAAUAAAUUAAAUUAAACGUUAUUAUUUUUUUU